UUUCCAAUAGGUGUUGUUGGUGACGGAUGUUUGAGAUCGCUUCUAUUUCUUCUUUCAUAACCACCUUUGGACAUUUUCGAAAAUUCAGAUGAGGGAAUCUUGGAUGUCUGAUGUUGUGGGUAAUGGAGUGGAGUGCAAUGAUGAUCUUGCUUGCCAUGAUAGGGAGAUAUAGUUGGUCGUGGUAUGAGACCAAUCUCGCAGUACGCACUGAUACCUGCUUGGUGCUGAGUACUUGUCUCUCUGAAUUUUCUAUGCUUUGAGAAUUCCACAGGCUGAUCGGAAUACUCAAUUUGCUGCGGUAGCUACAACUGUGUAGAUGGAGGAGGAGGCGGGAGUAGAUAGCCACGCUUGCUCCAAGCGAUCGUCGCGUCGGCGGAAACCCUUUUCCGCUAUAAACGUCCCCUCGAAUUCCAAGCUUGUGCCAAUGAUAUUGCAUCACGAAUAUGAUGAUUAGGUGGCGAUCUUCCAGAAUUAAAGUUCUAGGUGUAUAGAUUAAAUAUCAAGCCGUGGUUGUAUCUUUGAUGAAGGAUUCACACCGUCAAGAUGGCUGCUAAAAUGCCCAAAACAAGCAAAGAACAUAUCGAAAAUAUCUCGGACUCAAGUUUUCCAUGCGACGAGAAAAAUGAAGCUUUUAAUAGCAUCGCAUCCAACGAACAGGAUACGCAAGUACCGCGAGGGUAUUGGACAUCGUUUGGAUUCAUCGGAUCGUGUCUCGCUAUCAUCCUACUGGGAAACAGUCUCUUCAUCGGAUACUCACUACCCGUAAUCCCCCCUCCUACUUCCACCCAUAUGUUUCUUCUUCGAGCCUUUGCACUAACAAGAAUAAAAAAAACAACCCAGGUAAACAUUCUAAGCGUAAUAAACACCUCCAUAGGUCCCGACUCAAACAUCUACCUCAUUUCCCUAGUCAACACCCUCAUCAAAGGCGUCGGCCUCCUCCUCGUGGGCCGCAUCAGCGAUCUAGUCGGCCGCCGCUACUUCAUCAUCGCGGGACAAGUCCUCGGGCUCGUCGGCGGCAUCAUCGCCGCCACCGCGAAGAGCGUUCCCACCGUCAUCGGCGCGAAUGCGUUCAUCGGGCUCGCCGCGUGCGCGCAGGUCAUGUAUCCGCUGCUCAUUGCGGAGAUUGUGCCGAACAAGUAUCGUGGGGUUAGUCAGUGUUUGGUUACUUUUGCCGUGUUGCCGAGUUUGGGGUUUGGACCGAUCGUUGCGAGGUGUUUGGUUGAGUUUACGGUGUUGGGGUGGCGUAUCGUGUGCGCUGCGUCGAUUGUGCUGUUUGUGUUCUGCUACCAUCCGCCGGAUUUUAAGCAGCUCCAACGGGGGACGACGGCGCGGCAACAGCUCAAGCGGAUCGACUAUGGCGGGUUUGCCUUGUACUCUGGAGGGUUGGUUUGUUUGUUGCUUGCGCUUUCGUGGGGUGGAAACCAAUAUCCAUGGAAGAGUGCGCAAUGCAUUGCAACACUCAUUCUCGGUGUGCUGGGCAUUAUCGCGUUUGUGCUAUACGGUGAGCAGGGAGUUGCGCUCUCUAUCAGUGAUCACUCCCAGACUGACCCGUCUCAAGAGCUCUACAUGCCUCUCCCCGAGCCUCUCCUACCGAUGAAGUUAUUCAAGGUCCGGAACUACUGGGUCGCAGUUGUUGUCGGGUCGAUAGGCCAAAUGUCAUACUAUGCCCUCAGUGUUCUCUGGCCAACUCACAUCACUGCUCUCUACACCAAAGACAAUAUGACGGUCGGGUGGAUGUCAUGCACCACCGGCACAGCAUUAGCCAUGGGCGAAGUUCUGACAGGACCUUUCCUGAAGAAAGGUGGCCACGCGAAAGCACAGCUGAUCGCAUCUGUUGUUGGUCUCUGCGUGUUUUGCGGUGUCAUGUCUCUCAGCGAUGAGAAUAGCCAGGGCCAGGCUAUCGCAGUGACCGUCUGCAUUGGAUUAUUCAUCGGUUGGGUGGAGUUGAUAUGUAUUGUGGUUGCGGGAUUAGUUAUCCCGCCUGAAGAUAUCGGUGCCGGCUCAGCAUUCUUCGCAUCGGCGCGUGCUAUCGGAGGCACAAUUGCUACGAGCAUCUACGUCUCAAUCUACACCAACAAGCUCUCUACGCUCACACCCCGCGAAGUCGUACCAGCCGUCACAUCAGCCGGAUUACCGGAGAGCAGCUUGAACGCUCUUUUUGGGGCGAUUUCACAGGCUACAGCAGCCGCGCUGGAUAGUGUCCCCGAGAUGAGCGCAUCGAUCAAGUUUACGUUGGCUGCUGCGCAAAAGCGUGCGGCGGCUGAAUCUUUGAAGAACGUGUAUCUUAGCAGCCUGUCGUUUGGUUUUGUCGCACUGCUUGUCGCGUUAUUUUUUAGCGACGUGGAUCAGUACCUGACUGGGUUUGUGAAUAAGACUGUGGUGGAUGGGAAGAGGAAGAAUGAAGUUGUGCACACUGAGAAGGUGUGA